AUGGCUAACUUACUUUUCAAGUUUCUGUUAAUUCCAGUUAUAUUCGGUGUAACUACUGGAGUUGCAGCUCAAAUGCAGCCUGCCACCAAUAUAGCCUCUGGUUCCAUGCUUUACCCUGACCGGCAUCCCACUUCAUGGUCAUCGCCUUCAGGCCUAUUUGCGUUUGGUUUCUACCAGCAAGGGGAUGGUUUUCGAGUUGGGAUAUGGCUGCAAGGCGCGAUGCCUCAAAGAACUGUGGUUUGGGCUGCUGAUAGGGAUGCCCCUCCGGUCCCUUCAGACUCCUAUCUGGAGUUUGCAACAGGCAAGCUAAUUCUUUGGACCAAGGGGGGCAGGAAAGAGAUUGUGGAUCCCCCAGAGACUGCAGCAACUCCAACAGCCUCCAUGCUUGAUUCUGGUAACUUUGUCAUCUAUGACAAAACUGGUGUUGUCUGGCAAAGUUUUGAUUUCCCCACAGACACCAUAUUAGUUGGUCAGCAUCUGGUGUUAAACAAUAGACUGGUCUCUAGUGUUUCGACAUCUGAUACCUCGAGUGGAAGGUUUUAUCUCGGUAUGCAAGGCGAUGGAAACCUCGUUGCAUAUCCGCUCAAUAGCCUAUCCAGGCCUGAGGAUUCUUACUGGGCAAAUCCCAUACAAACCAGGGGUGAGUUUGGUAAGGUAAAUGAGGCAUUUGUAAGCAUUGAUCCGAGUGGCCAACUGUUUAUGAAUGUUUCAAAUGAUAUUCAUUUUGAGGUAAAGAGUAUAGCAAACAGUUCCAAUGAAGACACAAGCAACCGGACAGUAAUUUACCGGGCUAGUCUUGACCCUGAUGGGAUUCUCAGGCUGUAUUCGCACAGAUUUGGUGGGACUGAUAAUUCAACCGUGAUUGAGUGGCCUGCAAGACAAAAUCAAUGCCAAGUCAAAGGCUUUUGUGGUGUUAAUAGCUACUGCACAGCAAUCAAAGGUGGUGAAGGUGACUGUUCCUGCUUUCCAGGCUUUCAGUAUUUCAAUCCAAAAGUGAAAUACCAGGGGUGUUACAGAGGAUUCAUCUAUGAAGAACUCUGUAGGAAAGAAGACCCUAAUCUGUCCUACAAUAUUACUCUGAUCAAGAACUUGACACUUGGGGGAUAUCCAUUCUCUUACCUUUCAAUGGUUGAAGGAGAUUGUCAGAAAUCUUGCCAGGAAGAUUGUACAUGUUGGGCAGCACAGUAUGUAGAUGGCACCUGCAGCAAAUUUAAGCUUCCACUCAUUUAUUCAACACUAGAUCAGAACAAUAAGCCUGUCAUGGCCAUAAUCAAGCAGCUCCACAAUGAUUCCCAGUUGGUUACCAUUUCAGGGGAAACUGGGGACAAGGAUGGAACCCGAAAAAGAAUAAUCUUGAUUCUAUCAGUGGUUCUUGGUUUCCUAGCAUUCCUGUUUUCACUCAUUGCAAUCUUCAGUUUCGUUUUCUACAGAAAUAGAGCCAUUCAGUAUCAAAAGCUGUCAGAAAAGGCAAAUUUAGGCCUCAAUGAAGAGUUCACUCUCCGAUCAUUUUCUUAUAGUGAGCUUGAUAGAGCCACUGAUGGUUUCAAGGAAGAACUUAGACAUAGUGAUUUUGGGAAGGUGUACAAAGGAACAAUAUCUGAUGGGGAUAAAACAGUGGCUGUGAAAAGACUAGAAAAAAGUGGAGAUGAAGGAGAAAAUGAAUUCAGAGCAGAAAUAACAGCAAUUGGGCAAACUUACCACCGGAAUUUAGUUCAGUUGCUGGGGUUUUGCUUAGAGGGAAGCAGAAAGCUUCUGGUAUAUGAAUUCAUGAGCAAUGGAACACUAGCAGAUAUCAUCUUCAACACUACAAUGAGGCCUUUCUGGAAGCAAAGAGUGAAACUUGCACGGGAUAUAGCUCGAGGAAUUUGUUAUCUGCAUGAAGAAUGUGAGACUUGCAUAAUUCACUGCAACAUAAGGCCCCAAAAUAUUCUAGUGGAUGAUUCUUGGACAGCAAAGAUCUCCGAAUUUGGUUUAGCAAAGCUUUUAACACAACCUGAAACUGGAAACCCAACUGUGGUUAAUUGGACAAACGGUUAUUUGGCACCAGAAUUACAGACCAAUGCUUUGAUUACAGAAAAGGUAGAUGUUUACAGCUACGGCAUUAUGCUUUUGGAGAUUAUAUGCUGCAGAAGUUACCUUGAGGUCAACGUCACAACUGCAGAUGAAAUGUUGCUUUCUACUUGGGUUUCCAAAUGCUUUGUGGAGGACAAUCUGCAACAGCUGGUUGGGGAGGAAGAAAUAGAUAUGAAGUCCUUGGAAAGAAUGGUGAAAGUUGGACUGUUAUGCAUUCAAGAUAACCCCGCCCUACGCCAUUCAAUGAAGGGCGUUGUUUUGAUGUUAGAUGGGACAAUGGACAUCCCACUUUGUCUUCCUGCAAGUACUCCUUAGUUCCCAUGGUUUGAGGAUUUCUACAUUGCAGCAAAUGUAUCAAUGGUAUCAUAGUUGAAUGUUGUACUGAAAUAU